AUGUACAAAAGAGAGGUUGCUAUAUACUGUGCAUUGGCAUACAUUAUAUGUAUGCUGAUAAUUACCACGAACUCCCGAACCUCUACACUAUGGAAAUUAAACUCGGACGAAGGCAAAAUCGUCAGUGUGUAUGCAAGUCUAGAUCGCACCGCAAAGAACAUCACCUCCAACCUAUAUAAAAUACAGUAUGCGGAAAGCGAAAACGAUUCCGAGGUACGCUAUGGGUCGUUACAGAAACUAUUGCAAACCCACCUGCUUGAUGAAGAUGAAGAGUCAACAUUUCAUAUAAUUACAACCACCGCAAACAACUUUCAUCAUAAUCGAUGGAGUCGUCAAUCAACCGACAGUUUGUUUGUAGAAGUUGCAAAAAAUACGGUCAUAGUUGAAGAGCAUCCUCAAUUAAAAACGGGAGCUGCUAUGGGAAGCAAUAUUCUCGAUUGUGGUAAACCGGUAAACUUUACCUAUUACGACGACAUGAUUGGUAUAGCGCAACGGCAUAAUCAUCCGAUCGUCCCAGAGCCAGAGGUAGCAUACCUGUUUCUGAAAAAGAAAAGGCCCCAGUCAUUCGAAAAAUUCAACAUCGACGCUUUAGAGCGACGGUUGCGGAAGGCAAAGAAGAGGAAGCCACACUCGGUGCAGUGGUACAGCCAGAUCGGUAAUUUCUGGCGAAUAAAGGGUGACGCUCGUCACUCGAUUGAGUGCUUCCGUUCAGCGUUGGCCAUCGAUCCAACUAACGCAGAAGUUUUGUUGAAUCUCGCAAGAGUUAUGUUCAAUCUCCAGUAUCUGGACGAUGCAAUUCACCUAGCAAAACGGUCAUUGGAGGUGCAGCCCAGAGGUCGCAGCGCUUGGCAGCAGUACUUUACGUUGGGGGAAAUUUACAAAACUUACGGACACUUUCAAGAGUCGGUGCACCAUUUACGUCAAGCACUAGAGCUCUACCCGCGGUAUGAGCCAAUUAAAAAAGCAAUAGCAGAUGUUGAGAAUAUCUCGAGAUCUUCGCUACAUAUCUUUACAAUCAUCAUCAUUGUUUUCUUGGUUCUGUCCGUAUUGUACGUGAUCAUUUCUUCAAACGACAGUAGUCAAAACAACUCGGAAUUGGGACCAAAAAAAAAGCGUCACUUCAAUCGCGCAAUGGCUAUGCGUUCGCUGAAAGGUUAUACCCAACGUUCUUCGCAAAAUCGCAAAAAAACUAUCUGAACAUUUUACGAAAAUGCUAUCGAAUAAGUUGACUACAAAUUAAUUUUCGUGAAGAUCUUCCUGAAUGCCACACUACAAGGGGCCUACUUUCUCAUGUGCUCCAAGAUUUUUUCAAUGAAACACUAGCCCAGCACAGCAUUGAUGCUGCAUGCAUCUCUUGGCUCGACCCUAACAAAUUGUAAUAAGUACGUAUGUAUUUAUGAUAAUACAAGUUAACAACGUAAAAAGCGAAUAAGUGUAUUUCGUUCAGCAUAGAAGCAAUACAAUCAGUUUCUCGAAUGAAAAAUGACAUUGCUUAAGAAAUACGUAACAUACAAUUGUUUUAUGAUUAGGGAACGAAAUUUAAAAAAUGAUAAUUAGUCACUAUUGUAUGGAGAAUUGUAUGGACAUUUAAUCUUUGGCAGUAAGGCUGCUACAUACGAAAAGACAAACAAACAAGUGAUCCGCGUUCAUUUGCAACGCGAAGUUUUUUUAGUGGAAUAACUUCAAUUACCUGCAUUCAAUUCUCAGUUAGUUUUCUCUAUUCAAGGGACGGGUUGUGCCGUGUUUAUUUCACAGUUAGUUAUAUUGUUGCCCAAACCGCCAGAAUGUGAUAUUGAAAUAUACC